GCAGCCGGUCACUUCCCCUACACACACCCACAAACACUUCUCAUGAGAGCUGCUUCAUUUGUCUUGGCCAGCUAGAGCCUUUUUUAUUACUAGAAACCAUAAAGGCUUGCCAACCCUGGACGUCUGAUGAUGUUUGACAGCUCGCAAUAUCCUUAUAACUGUUUUAACUAUGAUGGAGAAGGAUACCCCUCAUGUAGCACUGAUGAAGAGAAGAAAGUGUGUCGACCAGCUUACAGUUACAUUGCACUAAUAGCGAUGGCAAUACAGCAGAGCCCCGAGAACAAAGUUACCCUAUCAGGAAUCUACGAGUUCAUCAUGCAGAGAUUUCCUUAUUACAGAUCCAACCAGAGGGCUUGGCAAAACUCAAUUCGUCAUAACCUCUCCCUAAACAGCUGCUUUAUUAAGGUGCCCCGUACGGAAGGUAACGAGAAAGGAAAAGGUAAUUACUGGACAUUCGCCACAGGCUGCGAGUCCAUGCUGGACCUCUUUGAAAACGGCAACUUUCGUCGCCGCCGCCGCAGACGCAACUUAAAAAUGGGCCUGAAGGAGCCAGUCGAACCCUUUGUUGCCAUGGACACUCACCAGGGCAUUGCAGUAAGACCCAUGGAUUCAGAUUCCUUCUGCCCCGUGAACACUGGUCACAGACCGGCCCAAAACAACGCACCUCUGAGCAAACCUGAGCCCGAGAUCAAAUUCAGCAUUGACUACAUUCUCUCCACACCGGACCCUCUGCCAGGGUUCAGAGCCCCUAACAGUGGAGCUGGAGCUGUGAUCCAUCAUCUGGAGCCACAACAUCUCAAUCUACACUUCUGGACCAUGUAACCAAAUCCACAGGACGCAGAUCAGUAAAUACCCUGCUGUUAAAACAGUCCAAAAACUUUAGAGCUUCUAUAGUGUGCAAACAGUCUUUCCUGUUAUGCAACAUGCAGUUUGUUGUGUGCUAGUGUUUCCGUCAGUAAGUUUGCUGUCGCUCAUGUUAGCAGAGUUAAAUAAAAAAUAAAAAAUACACAUAGUAACUUAUUGGCUAAGUAUUACAUGAUUUAAUGACGAUAAUGAUAGGAGUUCCAGGAUAUAUAUUAUAGUAUAAUGCUCACUUUGAAAAGGUUAAUUAAUCAUGAUGUUAACUUACUGUAAAGUGUGACUCAAACAAUACUCACAUUUACUUUAAGUGAAAACUAAAAAACUGCAAAUUUCAGACACAGGCUUGUAGUUAGUGAAGUGUUUGCAAACAAAUGCGCUAACAUAGCUAUGAGGCUGGUGUAAUCAGCAUUCCCUGCUUACUGCACAACUGCUGAAUGCAGCUCUGUUGUUUACAUAUGUUGUUUAUAAUGUGUAUCAUUGGCCCUUGACAGUCUGUGAUCCGUAUCAAUCACUGAUAGACUGAGCAUACGCUCCUCAGAGCUCUCCAUCUCUAAAGCCCUCCCCGGGGGGUUUCGUGCUUUUGUUGUUUUGUUCAGGAAUCUCUGUUUAUUUGAAAGCAUCUUUAAACUAUGGAAAGCUUUUUGACAGGGAAAACAAACUGCUCAGCUGAAUCGAUUGCAUUGUAUCAUAGCCCUUGUAGUUUUGGUUUGGUCAUUGGUUUUUAGUCAGAAUCAAACAAGCGUAGUGACUAAAUAGUACAUGAAACAAUAUAUCUGCUAAAUUUGUAGGUUUAUAAGAAUUAAUGCUGGGAUCUAUGAAGUAUUGUUUGACUGCCAAUAUAAGGCAAUAAAGCAUUAAUCAUUGAAAAUAUUAAGGCCUCUUUCUUCCUAAGUCUACCACAUUCAGGAUUUGAGAAAACAUUUUAUAUAUAUUCUAAUCUUCUAAAUACUCUAUAACAGAUUGGAAAUU